UCAAGAUGUGUUAAACAAUUGGAAAGCACCCAGAAGCGUCUCUAUGUGAGAAAUGGACGAUAUUAUCAUCGUUCUUCAAUUACCUCCGGGCUCUUUGGCCGAGUCGAAAAUUUAUCCACGGCUCAGUCUUUAAUAGUAUCUCGUCGGUCACACAGAACUGUGUUUCGCAUUCUCGCCGUACGAGGCCUCCAAAGUCAAAUCAAGACUUGUUUUUGGCUCUUGCAGACCGAGGAGGCUGUAGCUAUAGUUGAUGACAUUGUAUAGUGUACAUUUUGUCGGUCAGUAAUAUUUUAUUUCGCGGAAGUUUACGGUAAAACUUGAGCGAGACGAGUGGACGUCUGUGCGUUAAAAAUUGCGGGACAGGUGUUCGGCGAACAUCGCGGCUGCGAUCCGCAUGUGAUUCGCCGCGUCUUCGCACAAAUAUAACAGCAUCAUGGGCUUGAUCCCGGAUCCAUUCUUAUUCAUGAUCGCAUUGCUCAGUACGGGUGGCGUGUUACUUCUUCUGGUUUAUUAUAUAAUAACGCUAUCGGAUCUUGAGUGCGAUUAUCUGAAUGCGCGAGAAUGUUGUUCCAAGUUGAACACGGGAGUGAUGCCAAAGUUAGUAGCACAUACUAUCUUGGUUUUUCUUUUGUUAAUACAAGGGCAAUUAUGGUUAACAUUGGCAAAUGUGCCAAUGACAAUAUGGCUGCAUUAUGAAUACUUUAGUGUCCCUAGUGGUAAUAUGGGAGUUUACGAUCCCACGGAAAUUCAUAAUCGCAGUCAAUUAAAGAGAUACAUGCGCAAUGUCAUGAUCCAUCUCGGAUAUUGUCUUGUGUUCUUCUUUAUCUAUCUCUACUGCUUAAUUGUCGUGUUGCUCAAAGGAGACCCCAUCAAUAGAAACGAAGAUGAAUUAAUGGAUAUGUAAUUUCACAAUUACGAACGUGGAAAAACUGACACGAUUACUUUUUACAUAUGUGCUCAUAUUCAAAUGAUGAUAUUUGAAGAUGCUUUACUUUUACAAUGUAUCCACUGCACAUGGUACAUCAUAUAUUUUAAACAACUAGGAUAUAGGAUCAUCAUCACCAUUGCUUCUGAGCAUUUCUCUUGAUCAUCGUUUAAGGUGGACAUUUAUUGUGCUCUCAGGUAACUAUCUAAGGUUCCUAUUUAUUUCAUUAAAAUGAAUGCCAAUUAGUGCAUUUGAAUAUUUGCACUCCUUCAUUUGUUUCUCUCUCGUGUAUAUCAUAUAUAUAUAUAUAUACAUAUAUAUAUAUAUUUUUGAUAUUUUUUUCUAAUGUGAAGGCCUCAAAAAACCAUUUGCGCUAAUUUCCAACGAAAUAAAUAGGGACUAUAUGAAAACCAAACAUACCAAUAUACCAAUAUACUACUAUAUCAUAUGUAACCCACAUAUGUAACCCACAUAUGUCUAUGUGGCGUGCACAGAUUGUGCACAGGACGUGCAACUGAUUAAGUCUAGUCGUAAAAAUGUAAGCAAGAAUCUUUAUUAUAGCAGAUAUUGUGUUUAAGAAAGAUAAUACAAUCGUGUUGUUUUAAUAUUA